AUGAAGCUUGCAGAGGGCACAAGGAAACGGACCCGUGUAAGCGGUGGCGACGGAAGCUCGGCCGGCAGCCUGGACCGGCUGAGCGAUCUACCUGACUGCCUUCUCCACAUCAUCUUGUCCUCCCUCAAGGCCCGACAGAUGGCCCGACAGAUGGUGCAGACGUGCGUGCUGUCCACACGCUGGAGGCACCUCUGGCGCUCCGUGCCGUGCCUCGAUGUCGACAUCGUUGAGUUCAGGACCAAGGCGGCAGUGCAUGCCUCCAGCAGUGGCGGCAGAAACAGCAGCUAUUACUCUGAUGAUGAUGAUGAGAGCACCGACCCCGGCUCCGGCAACAACGAGGACAAGGGCAAAGGGUGGGACGAAUUCGAGGAUUUCGCCGUCAACCUCAUGCUCCGUUGUAACAUCGCGCUGCUGGAUUCAUUCAGGCUGGACAUUGAUAGGGGCAGGAAACCUCAGUCCUAUGGUUGCUCCAGCAGUGCAACACAAGGUUGGGAAUACAGCGGCCGACAAGCAGCGGCUUGGCUCCGUCGCGCGAUGAAAUACUGCACGCCAGGAUCAGGUCAUGCCAUCAGUCAGCGUCAGGGAUUGAAUCUGAGCCCCAGUUCUUGGCGCCUCAGAAGGCUGUAUCUCUGCCACGUACCUCUGGACGAUCGUUUCGCGGAGCAUCUUAGCUCAGUGUGCCGCUCUUUGGAGGAUUUGGAGCUGGACCAUUGCACCUGCUCCAAUGGAUAUUGCAACCCGUUGGCUAUCUCGGCCCCCAUGGUUGCCUAUCUAUGCCUAGAUGUGGAUGCUGACCGCUUCCGUGGAGGUGAUUCUGAUUCUGAGGACAAUGAUUCUGAUUCUGAGGACAAUGAAGGUGGAAUGCGCAAACUCGACAAUACCUCAUCUUCUGAUUGCUGUGGCCUGGACUUCCUACGUGAUGAGAACGUCCAGCUUGAAAUCAUACAUAAAGAUGACGAUGCCUGCCGAUCGGCUGACAAUGUAGAAAAUCUCAAAGGUACCACUGAUCCUGUUCCUGACGCCGCUGCUGCUGAAGAUCCGGUGCCUCAUUAA